GCGGAGCGCGAACAACGGAACACAAAACAAAUAAGAUAAAGUUUCAUGUCGUCUACGCUGCUUGAAUCCGAGAAAAUCCAUGGAUUAUAAUGGUCAUAUAAACAUUAAUAAGACUCGGGGAUAAGCCAGUUUUGUUUCAACUGCAAACACCACAUACAACUACUGUGUGGAGUCCACCCACCUAACAUGCGUACCCUGUCCCCUCCGCCAACAACCUCCAGUGGUAACUGCUGCCCCUUGGUGGUGCCAUCUCAAAACUCCUACCGCAUGGUGGUGUUGGGCGCCUCUCGUGUUGGCAAGACGGCCCUAGUGUCACGGUUCCUGAAGGGCCACUAUGAAGACCAGUACACCCCGACUUUGGAGGACUUUCACCGUAAAGUGUACAACAUUCGUGGAGAUAUGUACCAGUUGGAUAUUCUGGACACCUCAGGAAAUCAGCCUUUCCCAGCCAUGAGACGACUUGCAAUUCUCACCGGGGACAUCUUCCUACUUGUCUUCAGUUUGGAUGAUAGAGACUCUUUAGAAGAGGCCCUGAGGCUACGGCAGCAGAUUCUAGAAGUGAAGUCCUGCCUACGAGAUCGCACAUUAAGCUCAACUAAUGGAGCCAACCGGGGAGUCGCUGAGAUGGUUGUCCCCAUGGCUCUGUGUGGCAACAAGAGUGACAGAGGACCAGAUGCCCGAGUUGUACCUUCAGCUAGAGAAGUGGAAAAGAUGUUGUUGGCCCGGAGCAAAGAAGAGGGUGGUGUGAUCAUUGGGGACAUGGGAGAUGUUGAGGACUGCUGCCUUUAUUUUGAGGUCUCUGCCCGACGUGACUCCAACGUGGACGCCCUCUUCCGCUCCCUUUUUGGCAUUGCCGGUCUACCACAUGAAAUGAGCCCUUCUUUGCACCGCAAGCUCUCUGCCAGUCCUCAAGACUUCCAGCUUCAGCUCGUGGCCUCGCAAAAGCAGCGCAGGAGUCAGCGCAGAUCCUUCCGUCGGAUGCGGGGCCGACGCCUCAAGGAAGACCCACCACCCCAGCAAGAGCACGCUUUUGGAAUGAUAUCACCCUUUGCCCGCCGGCCCAGCGUCAAUUCAGAUCUAAAGUAUGUCCGGUCCAAGAUUCUGGGAGGUCAUGCUGCAGGCCAGGGCCGGGAUAGGGACAGGUGUUCUAUUCAAUGAAAGGACUCCAUGAGAGUCACAGUUUCGCUGAAAGUCUGGCCUGGUGCCCUAAUGGACGUGGCUGGCAAUUUGGGACUCCUGCUGUGUCAACUCUAAAUAAGGAAUAUUGUUCACUGAAAUUUAAGUUUAGAAAUGUUUCUUUUGUCAUCUUUAGCAGGUCUCCUAGCUAUUUAUUAGCUCUUUAGCUAAUUCGCUGUUUCAGAAGCCUUUCGUGUUCCUUACUGUCCAGGAUGGUCACUUUCUGUUUAGGAGGAGGGAAGUGUUUGCCAUUUCACGUGGCUGUCAGCUGUAUGUCACUCAGCUAGCUAUGACGUCCACACUUUGGUCACUGUCUGCUUAGGUCGUGAACAACUGGACCCUUGUCACUUAAAGUGCUUUUGUGUUUUUCUAAUAUGAUAGUUGACAGCCUGGGAAAUUACAAAGGGUGUGGUCGACAUUUCUUAUAACAGAUUUACAACUUCUUAGAGGUAGCUGGUACAUACUGGCUAGAUUAGUUAUAUAUUAGCUGUGAAAAUGGCCGUCGGAUAGCACAUACUGUUUCUAGAUGUCUAUACCAGGCAGUCAUUUUUUUUCUUGCUGGGUCAUCUUUAUUAAUUUAAGUUCAGUCUUAACUGGCUGCUAUGGGCUUACUGGUUAACUCAAAGGGGGUAUUAGCCUGGCAAAUGUACAGUAUGCCAGGUUGAUAAUGAGAAAGGCCUUUCUUUCAGGAGGGUGCUUUAAACAUACACAGUGAUAGUGCAAUUGUAUAUACAUAUACUGUAUAUAUACAUUUAUUUUUUAUAGGUUAAGCGACUUGCUCAGGAUUACAUACUGGAUCAGUUACUAAGCAGAAUGCUUUGGUCAGUAGGCCACGCCAUCAGCAGGUUGCUCUUGAGGGUGGGCCAUUAUCAGCUCAUUCCAGGUCUGGCAUGUUUAAAAUAUCGCAUCCUUGCAGCUCUUUUAGAGAGUUACUCGCUAACAUUGGAUUCGAAGAAGAGGGACACUGAUUUAUAUUAUGCAGUUGCUCAUUCUGGCGAGUAUAUAGCACUUUUCAUAUUGGUAAAAAAAGACAUUUCACAGUUCCAUUCAUUUCACCAGCCUCAUGUGAAGAGCUCAAAGCUUUUUUCUUUUUUCCAAGUCAAUCUGUCAAGAACUUUAUGACGCAAAGGUGUAUCCAGAAUUGCUUGUCAGUUGGAUGCUCAUAUUUCUAACUGUCCCUGUUUGAGAGAGCUGGCUGGUCACUAGUUGAGUAUGAUCAAAAGAGGUGGCAACACACAGAAAUGUUGGAAGGGCCUUACAAGUCUCCUGUAAAUAUUGCUGUUUGUUUGGCAGUUUACUCGGCCUCUAGAUAGCCUUAUGCAAUAUACUGUUGUAUAUGCUGUGUAUAUGUAUGGGGUUUUGUUUUGUGAAUUGUGCACGUUUUCAAUUUAAUUGGAAGCAAAGAGACGAGUUCCUUAAAAUAACUGGUAUCCAAUGGUUUGCUUUUGUGAAUCUAAAAAAACAAACAAACAAACAAACAAACAAACUGUGCAUUCCAGAAUUCAACAAAAUGAAAAGCAGGCUAUCCUAAAAUGGAAGCCUUUAUUAAAGAAUUCUCAUCUAUAUUAUGACAGUCUUCCUUGGAGCCUGUGGGAAUACAAAGUUGUGGAAGUGCAAGUCGCCUCAUGAGGAGCUCAAUGGACUCUAUGAUGACCUGACCUGGGAGUUCAGCACUGGACAGCUCCUACGGAGGAGGGGAAAAUAAAAUAAAAUAAAAAAUCAACUAAAUAUCCGUUUGCCAUCAGAGGCACCAACAUGCAUUUUUUUUUUGAAGGUUGCUUUUCUAAGACUCUGCUUCAAAGUUUUCCAGUGUUUUGCUUCUUUUGUUUUAAAUCGAUCUGAGACACCCCUCAGAGGACAUUUCUUAAAUCCGCCAGAUAAAGGCAAUGAAUUUAUUUCAAAUGCUUGGAUGGAAGAAAUCAGGAGACGCCUCUUUCUUUCUUUCUUUCUUUCUUUCUUUCUUUCUUUCUUUCCAAUUGGGUAAGCUUGUGACAAUUAAAAAUCGUGCAAAUGGCCUUUGAAUGAGACCCGCUGCGUUAUAUUACUUAAUGGCUUUCAGAGCGUCUCCUCGUUCGUUUUGCUCAUUUUGAUGUGUACAGACGCUUAUAACAAAGACUUCCUUACAUCUGCCUCUUUGACCCGUUUAAAAGAACCAUCAAGGUCAAUGUGUGUUUUUAAUUGCAUUUCUACUAUAAAAAAAAGCACAAAACACUUUAUAGGAUUAUAUUGAUCAGGUUACAAAAAGCAGAAGGAGGAGGAGAAGACGCUGCCGCCUUUCAUGGCAGUAAUAAGAUACGCCGAAUGGGUCGGAGCGUUUAUCUUCCUCACUUGCAAAGUGAAAGCCUGCUGAACUGUUUGAUUUUCGGCGGUGAGCUCAGUGAAGCUGAAUUCUAACUGGAGCUCGGACUGAAUGCUUUAUGAUCAAAGCAGUUGAAGCGUCUCGGUGUCGUGGAAUCUGCCAUCUCUGCGCUAGUAUGGGGAAUAAAGUGAAAAAAAAAUAAAAAUAAAAAUGAAAGAUUCACUGAGCAUGUGAGACGACAGCUGCCGUUAUCUGAUGUUUCAUUUGCAUUCUUUUUGUACAAUUUAAAUAUUUAUGCUAAAGCUAACCGCUCACAGUUUGUUAAUAGUGUAUGCUUAGUUCAAAGGUGGUGCUUAUUUCUCCGUACACAAGCUUCUUAUUGUGACGAUUGUAAUUUAUUUUCUUUCUUUUUGUUGUAAAUAAACUUUUAUUUUU